AUGUCUUGUUUAGCUCUCUCUCUCCAACCCACAAACGGGUCCGACAUUCUGCUCCAAACCCGUGAAUGGUUCCCCCCUGCCCGAGCUCUUGUGGCCCUCUCGGCCUUUCGCCAAACCCGGCUUGCUUUUGCCUCGGGCAAGCACCGUGAGUCUUCGGAGGACGGCGACACGUCCCUCGGCGAUGACCCACUUGCAGCUUCCAGCGGCCAAGUCAUUGUAGGUAUGGAAAGCCGGUACCGUGUUGUCUACCGCUUAGUCAAUUCAAUAUACGUAUUGGGUAUUACCACUGUUGACGAUAAUGAUAAUGUGAAUAAUGUGUUUGAAUGUAUUAGCAUUGUGAAUCAGGCUGUUAGUGUAGUUGUGACCGCCUGUCGUGGUGUAGAUGUGACGCCUGAGAAACUUGGUAGGAAAUAUGCUGAAAUUUAUUUGGCAUUGGACAUAGUUUUGAGGGGUGUGAGUAAUAUUAGGCUAGCAGCGAUGUUGGGGUCGAUGCACGGUGAUGGGAUUGCAAAGAUGGUUCAUUCGGCUAUUUAUACAGAGAAUAAGAUUAGGGGGGCGGAUAGUUGGAGUAAUGUGGAGGUGAAUUCGAUAGAGCAUGAGGCGGGUGUGGAAGCAUUUGAGAAUGUGAGGUUCGAGUUGCCUCCGGAGACAUUGGAGGCCGGUGAUGAGGUUGCUGCCACGAUUACCUUUGGUGGGCAAAGUGAACAAGAAGAUGACAAGGAAAAGUUGGAAGAUGAGGAGGAGAAGGACCCGUUUGCGGCUAGUGAUAAGCUUGGCAAGCCGGAGGAGCUUGUUGGUGGGUUUAAGAAAGAUAAGGAUCAGGCAGGUGCUGAUUUGACAAAAGCCUUGGUGGGUCUUGACGUUACUACUUUGCCGCCUGCUGCAGCCACAGAAUCAACACAUAUCGGUGUUGAAGGGUUUGAAGGGAACUAUGGUGGUAUAGAGUUUAGUAAUGAUGGGUCAACGCUGCCGGAAGAUUUUGAAGGAAUCAAUAAUGCUUGGGGUGGUGGAUUGGAUGCAUCGGAAUUUGUGGGGACGAAGAAAGUUGCAAAACGCGAGGGGCUUGGUGGGCUUGAAUUGUUAGAAACUAGUGAGCCGCCAAAGACUGUCGCUGAGAGCAGUGGUGCUACUCUUGAAAAUCUGUUGGUGAACAAAACUGAAAUGAAGGGACCGGAGUUGUACAUUUCUGAAGAGAUUAGUGCAGAGUUCAGGGAAUCCUUGCUUGCUAGAGUUGGCUUGAUGGGUACGGUCUACUUAAGAACAUUGCCUCCAAAAUCUGCUGGUGAUCAAGAAACUGAGUUUUCCUUCAAGGUUGAAGGUACUAGUAGUGUUAAGAGAUUUGUUAUGCAAAGCUCUCGUGUAAGUAGCCUUGGCAAUGGGAUGUUUCAUGUGAGGACUGCACCUUCGGAUGACCCUUUAUUGAUAUUGAAGUAUAGUUUGCUACCCCGGUUAGCUCCGCUGCCCUUGAGGGUUCGUCUUACUAAACGUCUUAGUGGAACUUUACUUUCUGUGAUGAUUCAAUAUGUUUCAAACCCUGAUUUGCCCGCACCCUUGAAUGAUGUCACAUUUGUUUUGAAACUCCCAGUGGACCCAACGUUGUUAAAGGUUGCCCCGAAAGCCAUAUUGAAUAGGGCUGAGAGAGAAUUAAAGUGGCACGUUGAAGAGAUUCCUCUAAAGGGUAAUCCAGGUAGGUUGAGGGCGAGGAUGCCUGUGGAUAUUAGCGAAGAAGAUGGAGGGGAAGAACUAGAAGUUGUUGGCUAUGUGAAAUUUUCUGCGCAGGGAAAUAGAUCAUUGUCUGGGCUGUCUGUGCUGCCAGCUUCUGAGGGUAAGACUGAUUUUUAUGAGGUUGACCACAGGUAUGCUAGUGGGAUUUAUAUUUGCAAUUGA